AUGUACGGCGACCCAACUCCUCCUGUAGAUCCAUACGCCGAUGCUUACAAUGCGCCUCCAUCGGCGGCACCAGCAGCAUCAGAGCCUAGGGAAAACGGUACCGCGACGCGUGGUCGUUCUCGGUCGCGCAGCCCGGCACGCAGUGGGGGAUACCGAAGCCCGUAUCGUCGUCGGUCGCCUCCCCCACCGGCGGCAACAAAACGUCCUUCGCAGGCUCCUGUUGCCCCAAAUCCCUCCAGUGUUCUUGGAGUCUUUGGUCUUAGCAUUCGUACCCAGGAGCGCGACCUGGAUGAAGAGUUCAGCCGCUUUGGUCGUGUAGAAAAGGUCACCAUCGUUUAUGACCAAAGGUCCGAUCGUUCAAGAGGCUUCGGCUUCAUAAGAAUGUCGACUGUCGACGAGGCCGCACGCUGCAUCCAAGAGCUCAAUGGCGUCGAGCUCAAUGGGCGACGCAUCCGUGUCGAUUACUCUGUUACUGACAGACCCCACAACCCAACGCCUGGUCAAUACAUGGGGCACCGUCGUUCAGGCCGUGAUUCGUAUUAUGGUGGCCGCGAUUCUAGGGAUUCCCGCGACUCUCAUCGGGACCGCGAUUCUCGUCGCGGCGGCGACCGUGACAAAGAUCGUGACCCAUACGGACGCGACAGCCGUGACUGGCGUGAUCGUCGCAGCCCUCCUCCCUCCCGAAGUGGUCGCCACUCUCCCGAUUACAGGAGAAGACGCAGUUACUCAAGAAGCCCAGCGAGGAGUCCCCCGCCCCGUUCCAGCGGAUAUGAUGCCCCUGCCGGUGGCGACGCUGGACGCUACUAA